AUGUACGCCAAGGAAAUCCCCAAUGAUGUACCCGCCGACGUCUGGGAAAAUAUCACCGCGCUGUAUACGUGGAAAGCCUUCCCUCCCAUAGGGCUGGCUCCGAAGCUGCAGUAUGUCCAGUUGCAAAGCGCGGGUGCCAACCAGAUUCUUGGGCUUCGGUUAUUCGAGAAGACGGACAUUGUCUUCAGCACCUCCAACGGAGUUCACCCCCCACAGAUCUCCGAGUGGCUAAUACCUUUAUCAGUUCAUGAGCAUCUCGAGAAUCAGAAAAAACGAAACUGCGUUGAUCCCGAUUCAGAUGAAGACGUGGAAGACGCAGUCGGCUUAAGAGUUGGAAUUUUAGGAUACGGCGCAGUCGGUAGACAAGUUGCACGCGUCGCCAAAGCUUUUGGAAUGGAUCCGGGCCUCGGUGAUCCAGCGGGUGAAUUUCCCUCAAAGUGGUUCUACGGCAAGGAGCAGCUCGACGACUUCCUCGACUCCGACCUUGACCUCCUUGUCAUCACGCUACCAGCCACACCUGCCACCGCCAACAUGAUUGGGGAAGAUCAGUUUGAUAUUCUUAGCAAGAAGAAGACAUUCAUAAGCAACGUUGGCCGUGGUUCUGUAGUUGACACUAAGGCGCUAAUUGCCGCUCUCGACUCUAACAAGAUCCGCGGCGCUGCACUAGAUGUGACGGAGCCAGAACCGCUGCCCGCUGAUUCCAAGCUUUGGGGCUAUAAGAAUGUGUUUAUCACGCCACAUUGUGCUGGGAAUUCGAACCACUUCAACGAAAGAACCUUCAAGAUUCUUGCAUAUAAUCUAGAGAGACGAUCUAAAGGGCAACCUCCGGUCAACCAGGUCGACAGAUCUCUUGGCUACUAG